GUAACAGAAUAUUUCAAAUAAAAGGUCCAGCUAAUAUUUCAAAAAUGGAUAAGAUUAUUGGAAAACUUGUUCGCUUCUUUUCCGUGGCGUCUGGUUUUCUACUCAAUAAACUGUUGUUCUAUGGAUUGAUCCUUGGACUGUUGAUCCUAAUUUUUAUUCGACUUUUCAUGAUGGAGCGCCUUCAACGCUUGAAGGCGAUAAUCUCGAGGAGCCGGUCCGAAUAUGAACACGAAUCGGAGGCAGACGAUGAGGGAUACAUAGAUGAUGAGUUCCUAUUCAGGGACCUCAACCCAGAGCAGAGUAUCGAGUUGCAUCGCCGCCAGCGAUUGGAGGCAGCAGCCGAAGUACUGCGAAAUGUGGCGGAUAAGGAGGGAUCCCACAAAUGCCCCGAACCAAGACGAAAGAACACUGAACCUAUGAAAUCAAGAUAAAUUGUAGAUAGUUAAGAAUAGAUAGUAGGAUUAUUAAUUGCUUAAAAUAACACACAGAGGGAGUGCAGCUUGAUGUAACUGACUUACCAUAACCGAAUAUCCAAGCAUAAUGAACUAAAUACAAUUCCAUGCCCAGUCGUAA